AUGGGGGAUGUUCUAAGCCCCUUCACAGUCUCAACCCCUCCUCCACCCUCUUCCUCGUCAAGCAAGAACAACAUGCCCAUGUUGUACUAUGGUCUUGUUGUGGUGGGAACUGCAGCCAUAGUGCUAGCCAUAUACAACCUCAUCAUCAUAAAACGUUGCAACAGGCGCCACAAUCAAUCACAAGCAUCAGGGCCAAAUGGGUUGGUAAUUGAUCAAGGAGUGAGUGAAAACACAAGAAGCUUUGACACCCCACAAAGGAACUUGCUUUCAAGCUUCAAGUACAAAAAAGAAGUGGUAGCAAAAGAAGAAGGAGAAGAAGAAAAUGAUGAUUACGAAUGUUCAGUUUGUUUAUCAGUUUAUGAAGAAGGGGAAGAAGUGAGGAAGCUACCACGGUGCAACCACUGUUUCCAUGUUGUGUGCAUAGACAUGUGGCUUUACUCUCACUUUGAUUGCCCAAUUUGUAGAACACCCGUUGGGCCUUUUUGCCACCCUUUUCCGGCAGAGAAUUCUCGUGAUGUGUUGAUGGAAUCCGGUGGCAUCAUCAACACUGUUAAUUGA